AUGAUUGGAAUAAGGCAUUUAUUUAGAACACAUUGGACAUACGACACACUUACUGGUGGAUUAUUUAUUACUUCGGGAUAUUUUUUUCUGAAAGAUGCUCAUGGAUACCCAGCUAUUCAAAAAUUAACUAUUACACAUACAGAUUUGCCAAAUGCAAUAGAUGAUGAUUUAAUGAUAGCUAUUGAUAACGAACUUUUUGCAAUUACAAAAGAUAGAUUAUAUGCAGAUGCAAACACUAAUUUUAAAAUAAUGGUUAGCGACAAUAUUGAAUCAAAAACUCAUGGAUGUUUUCAACAUAGAUAUAAUGCUCUUUUGCGUUUUUCAAAUAGAUUGGUACUUAAUAAUGUAGAACAAAUACGCAAAAAUUAUCCAAAUUUCUUCAGGCUUUUUAAAGAAAAUGGGCUGGAUAAAUUGGAGGCAUUAGAUACUUCAUCUUUGACUGAUUCUGAUCUCAAAACUAUUUUGUUGACAAAAAACGCCAAAAAAUUUGUUAUUGCCAGAGAACUCAUUUAUGCUUCUAGUUCAAAAUUUUUACUUACGCUUUUUGUUUCAAUUGUUGCUUUUAUGCCAGGUUUUGCACUUUGUUAUUAUUUAAGAUCACAAAAACACAAUGACUGGCUAGCUUUUAUUCCUUCUUUGAUUAUAAGUAUUUUAUUGUUGUAUUUAUCUGAGAAAAUGUAUUAUAGAGAUGAAACUUUUGAUUUAGAUUUUGAAGCUGCUAAAAUAGAUGAGGAUCACAAAAAUGGAUGCAUUGAUUAUUUAAAAAGCAGUAUAGAAUUAUGCAAAUUACUCAAUAAAUUAACAAAAGGGAAAUCUAAUUUUGAUGAGAAUGGAAAUUAUUUGGGUCAUUCAGCUACUUAUGUUGACAGAUUGGAAAGAAUUGAAUUAGAUAAUAAAAUUAAAAUUUGA